AUGAAUAAAUCUAUAAUAUUGUUUUUAUCUUUUCUAAUAAAUAUAAUUGUUGUUGUUAAUGGCCAAUGGCAUAUUGAAUUCGAAUAUUCAGCUGCUGGAUGUGGUGGAGUUCUGAAUAGAGCCUCAUCAUUUUUGAAUAAUAUGUGUUAUAAUUACGAUAAUGGUGGUCCAUAUUCACAUAGAUACAUUGUAUCUGGAUCUACAACACUCCGUCAAAUAUUCAGUAGUACUGACUGUUCAGGAGCUCCAACUACACAAGCUACUUUCGCUGGAAAUACAUGUUAUGAUAAUUUAAUGAAAUAUGCAAUAGUAAAUGAACCUGCUAUUUCGCCAGGUGGUUGGAUUUCAUUAGAACGUACUCCUGGAAAUGCUUUAUCUGGUUGUGGAGUUUAUGAAAGUGAAAGACAUAUUUUUAGAUUGGCUACUUGUGUCAAGACCUAUGAUCUUCCUAAUUUUCCUUUCAAUACUUAUUUUAGUAGUGGUUCGGUUGGCCAUGUUUACAAUUUAGUGUGUCCCAAUACUCUUUUCAACUUCCAACCGUGUAGUAGUGAUCCCCAAAGAAUUACAUCAAUAUUAACACCAACCAUUUCCUAUUCAAUAACCAAUCCAACUCUUAUCAAUUCCAAUACAAUUCUUUUAAAUCCUUUUACCAGCAACUUUAAAUAUACAUACAAAUUCCUUACUGAAUAUUUUAACCCCAACACCGGAAGUUUUGUCGUUGCAUGCAAUCAAUAUUCAUCACUGGCAUGUCAAUUCUCUGUUCCAGCUGGAAUUCCUUACACCUAUGUUAGAGUUAGAGCUAACGGUGAUGAAUCAUUAACUGCUGCUCCUAUUUAUACAUCACCUAAUUUUAAUUUACCAAUGCCACCUGUUAUGAAUGCAAUUAAUUCAAUCAUUACCACUACAAAAUCUGUACAAUUUUCAUAUUCUGCUACCAAUUCCCCAACUUCCUAUACUGUCAAUGUGAAUAGUGUUCCUCGUCCUGAAUGUUCUGGUUUAACUACUUGUAAAAUAAGUGGAUUGACACCAGGUUCUCCCUAUUCUAUUUCUGUCUCUGCUACAAAUGGUUAUGGAACAUCAACUCCUGUUUCUGCACCCGCUGGUAAUCUUUAUGCCAGUAUCAAAAUUCAAACGAUAACUGCAACUCCAUCUGCUGGUCAAAUAGUGGUAGACUAUACUUCUUUAAAUGGUAUCCCAGGUCAAACCACUUACACAACCACAUUAAAUAAUUAUCCAGGUGGUUGCACAGGUAUUUACACACUCCGAUGUAUAAUUAGUAAUCUACCAGCACAAUUUUCUACAACUGUAACUGUAGUUGCUACUAACGAUGGUGAUUCAAAUAGCGAUGUAAGAAGUAUUGACUUUUUGGCACCAGCCAUGAAUCCAAUUGUAAUGUCCUCAGUCAAAACAAAAUCUAUUACUUUCACAUACUCAGCAUCGAGAACACCUACUUCUUAUACUGUUUUGGUUAAUAAUAUUGCACACCCAGAAUGCUCGGCAACCACUACUUGUAUAGUCAGUGGCUUAACAUCUGGUUCCCUCUUUUCAAUUUCCAUAACUGCUACCAAUGUAGCCGGUACCUCUCCUGCCACACAAACUAGUGGAACUUUAUAUCCAGAUGUUGUUGCUCCAACUGUAACAUUAACUCCAUCAACUAGUACCAUAGUUGUUGACUAUGAGUCUUUGGGUGGUAUAACUGGUCAAACUCUAUACACUACAAAACUUGAUAAUACACCAGUAUCUACUUGUACCAAUAUUGCUGCUUUAAGAUGUACUAUUACCGGACUUCCAGGUCAAUUUGCAAAUGACGUGACUGUUGUAGCAAUUAAUGAUGGUCUUUCACAACAAACCACUCAAAGAGUUGAGUUCUUAGCACCUGUUGUUAAUCCAAUUACAAUAGUUGAAAAGAAAACCAAGUCUAUUACCUUCUCCUAUUCUGCUUCUCGUUCACCAACUUCAUAUGAUGUCAGUGUAAAUGGACUUUCCAAUCCACAAUGCUCUUCGAAAACCACCUGCACAUUUACUGGUUUAACAGCAGGUUCAUCAUAUACUAUUCAAGUAACUGCUACUAAUGGUGCUGGUAUUUCUCUACCAAUUACAUCAACAGGAAUUCUUUAUCCAUCAGUUGAUAAUUUAUUCUUGAUGUCUACACCAACUUGGAAUAGAAUGUUAGUGGAAUACAAUUCAACAGGUGGUUUCCCAAAUAACACUGUUUAUACUACACAAAUCGAUGGAGUCAAUGUACCUGGUUGUAUUCAAAUUGCUUCAUUGGAAUGCCAAAUCAAUGGUUUAAAGGCACAAUAUUCACAUAAUAUUACCGUUUUGGCUUUCAAUGAUGGUGAUACCAUUCAAUCAUCUUUAAAUGUUACUUUUAAUGAUAUGGUUCCUAUUACAUCAUCUCAAUUUAUUCAUGUUGAAUCAACUCAAAAUACAAUCAAUGUCAAAUGGAGUGCUUCAACUGGAGGUGUACCUGGUUUAACUGUCUAUGAUUUGUCUUUAUCAAUUGAUAAUUCAUCAUGGAUAGUAGAGUUUAAAAAUAUUACCAUCACUGAAGCUACCAUUUCAGACUUAAUUCCAUCGGUCAACUAUUACUUAAGAGUAUCAGUGAAGAAUUCAGAUAAUCCACCAAUUCAUACCUAUACUAAUACUCAAACCUUGGGACUUGGAGCAGAGGAUUGUAAAUGUACCAAUGGUAUCUGUGAUGCCAGUUUUAAAUUCUGUUUAUGCAAUGCUGGCUGGACAGGUUCACGAUGCGAAUUUAAGCACGAUGUCGUUGAAGGUGAGAUGAAACCACCAACUAUAACACCAAACCCCACUAGACCUGAGGUAAUUAUCGACAAUGGUGAUUCCCAAUACACUUUCAAAAUAAGUACAAUCAUUGAAAGAAGUGAACUAUUAGAAGAGAUCUCUAGAAUGGACCUUUCAAGCUUGAACUGGGAUCUCCAAUCAAAUCUUAGUACUAUUAUUAAACAUCCCAAUAGUUUAAUGAAUGUUUCAAUGAACCAAUGGAUUUACUCGGCUAAAAUCCAGAAAGCCGAAGAUUUAAUUAUCAAGUUCACUCAAAUCAACCCGAUAUCCAAUGAAUCAACUCCUACCUUCCCAAUGGAAUUUGCUGGUGAAUCGUUCAAUUUGACAAUUGGUUCACUUAAAUAUCAAAUUGAAGUUAAGAAAUGGGAUUUUACAACCAAACUUAACCACUUGGAAAUUCAAUCGACUGUUGAAUCUAAACUUGAUGACUGUGUUAACCCAGAAUCUCAAUUUUCAGAUGGUACCGGAAUUUCAGAUAUUGCAAUUCGUCAACCUUCUGGUUAUUUCUUAUUUGGCAGAGUCUCCAAGAGAAUUCUUCUUGAUAAAAUCCCUAGAAUGUCUACCAUUAAAUAUAAUCAAGUAAAUGUUUCAACUGCCACUAUUUCAACAUUGGUUAGCCAUUUCCAAGAUAGUUUGGUUGUAGAUCCAGAUUUCUCUGUACUUUUAGAUCUAGAUAGAAAAUCAGAUGUUAAGUGUGGUGGAGAAAAGAAAACCAAUGCUGCUGUUAUUGCAGGAUCCGUCGUUGGUGCAGUUGUUGGAGUAAGUUUAAUCACAGCCAGUGUAAUCUUAAUCAAGAAAAAGAAGAUUGCACAGAGAUACAAUAAUUAUUUGACUCAAAAGUUGAAACCAAAGAUGAUGGCAGACAAAAACAACAAUUUGAUGUACCUCUUAACCGAUCUAGGUGUCUCUAAUUCACUAUAG